UGCCGAACGCUGCCGCCUGGUCUCUUUCGUUUACGGACGAGCUCAAGAAGUCCCCCGCAUCUGCGAACGAGGAAGGGUCCAACGGCGGUAAGCGUACACACCGGCGGAGAGAGACUGCUGUGUGGAGAAACGCAAGUGCCUUCUGUGCGUUCCUUCAGAAGGUCGACGAAGUACAUCAGCCGGAUGGCCGCGUCUGCUAACAGCAAGGAUGAAACGCAGUUCUGGAAGCUCGUGUGGCCCCCGCUCAAGAACGGUGGAAUAACACCAGGAUCCUCCCAUAUGCCAGGAAAAGUUAUGGUCUUCUUUCCGCCCCCGGUCGGAGAGGCCAGUGAGGCGUUAGAGGAAGCUAUGAGACGUGCGGCUCCUGCAGAUGGCUCUCUUGACGAAGAACGGCCUGAUCGCCUCGUCGGGGUGACCUCCGUAAUAGAGCUCCUCCAGCAGGUGGCUGGCUACCCCGGUCCGACCACAAGCUUGGGCAUCAUCAACUUCGAUGCCGUCGCCGCCGCCGCCCGCGGCGUGUUGGUUCGAACGCCGUCUCCUUUGAAAUCGGGCUCCGGCCGCAGAGAGGCCACGGCAAUGGGAGUGGCGGCGGGAGCGUGCGCUGCCGAGGGCAACACGCCAGUGAUGGCAUCUUUGCGAAGCAGGAGCAGCAGUAUCAGUAGUUCCGACGAGGCCGUUGUCAGGGAGGAGCUGCAACCAUGGCCAGUGACGACCGGCGGGGGGGUGCAAAGCUCUGCCGCCGAAACGCACCCCCCCGCCGAAAAUACCGACCUUCAGCACAAAGCCCAGCCCUCGAUUGAUCCUGGGUCGGUUGGACCUGCUGCCGCAGGCCCCGCACCCUCGCAGCUGUUGUCGGCGUUGGCGUUGUCUUUUUCCUCCGCGAUGAGUAGCAGAGGGGGCGCCACUGCUCCGGAAGGAAGCAUGUCCGCUGCGGCGGCCGCCGCCGCUACCGCAGGUGUGUCAACCGCCGCCGCAACAAGGCUGGGUCGUGUGAUCAAGAAGCCCGUGAGGCUUGAGCACGAACAACCCGGAAGACAGUCCCUGGCCGGUAGGAACGGACGCGCUGACGCGCCGGCGAAGGUAGCAGCCCGGGUCGCCGCCGCCGCCGCCGCCGCCGCUGGUGCCGUUGCCGCUACGAGUGCCACCAACACUGCCACCGGAGAAUCAGCUGCAGGGUUUUCGUGCGCCAACGGCAAGGCUGACAGCCAAGCGCGUGAUGUUAACAUUACCGGGGGGGAAACGACGGCGACGGGGAAAGGGGCGAAGCGUUGCGUGGCGCGCCUCGGCACGGCGGCAGGCAGCGAAGGCGUUGUCGAUCCAGGAGACCAGAUCGUUCUGCUGUCUACUGGAAAUGGUAGCGUCGCGAGUAAUGCCUCUGGUACCGCGAGCGAUGCAUCGUCGUCUCCUGCAGCAAGCUCUGUCGUUAGCAUGGCGCUGCCGGCAGACGUGCGCACGGCAGGAGCGCCACUGCGGGGGAGGGACGCCGAUGAGACCGGUGGCGACGGGGGCGGAGAUUCCUCGAGGAGAUCGCGAGAUUCGGUCAGGGAACGCGAUCGUAUGGUAUUGCCGGACCCUCCGCCUAAAAGACCUGUUGGAGAGCUCGGCCCGUUGCCCGAAGACGCCAUCAAGGAGUACAAGCGAGCCUUUGAUGAUGUCGUUUGGCCCGGGCUUGCGCAGGAGUUCGGUUGGAAGAGGGUACGCGGUCCCCGUCCAAGUGACGUGUACUACCUCCCGCCAGGGGUCGUUCGGGGACAGAACGGCGCGAAGUGCCGCGUGGACUACUUCGAUAGUAACAGACAGGUGUUGAUCCACAUGGCGGAGCGCGAAGAAAAGUUCGGUGACCUUCUGGAGAGGGCUUGGGCGGAAGCAAUCGCAAAGCCAAGGUUGCUCGGGAGAAAGGGCGGGGGUGGCGGAGGUUCGAAACGAAGGAGGCGCUGGACGGAGCUGCCAAGGCGGAAAUCAACGAUGAUGAAGAAGGAGUAUCCCAAGAAGGUUUCUUUGGUGGGAACAGCGCAUCAGGUGGACCCUUUGAACUUGCCCGUUCCCGUGUCGAGCGAGGACUACGUGCCUCCAGAGGACGUGCUGUUCGAGCAGGUGUGGGACCCGAGCGUCGUGGUUCCUUCUCCGAAAGGCAAGGGCGCCCCUCGGGAGCUUGCCGAGCUCGUGAAAGAAUUUGCCGGGGUGGUGAGCCACGACAAGUGUCUGGAGAUCGUUCAUCGCUUCGAAGGGGACUACGGCGAGGCUCGCAAGCUGCUGAGAAACCUUUCGCGGUCGUGGAAGUCCCGUUACCUGAUGGCCUCGAAUUCGACGAGGGAGACGGCGUCAGCAAAGGCCAUCGUGGCCAGAGAAACCGCCGCGCGCCUUGCAGCUGCACCGCCGCCGUCCUCAUCGUGGUCUUCGUCGUCAACCAAAGGUGGUAAUCCCGACGUCGCUCGUGGUGGUGGUGGUUGUCCGAUUGUGGCGGGUUCGACGACGGUAACUGCUAACACAACAAGGAGCGCGGUGGCUUGGGGAGGGGGUGCGGCGGCGGUGGCUGCCCGAGGUGCCGGUGGGGGCGUUGUCGGCGGCAGCAGCGGCGGCGCCAGCCGCGGCGGUCGCGGUCACGUUGGCCGUGCAGGCGCCCCGGGGACGCAGGACGCGUUCUGGUGUCGCCCGCUGAAAUCUCUCGCGGGAGGCGAGUCCGCGUUGAAGCGGCAGGUGCAAGGAGGCGUGUCCAGCAUCCCGCCAGGGGCCAGGAGCAAGGACAAGCUGUCGCCGGACUUGAACUUAGCGCGGCCGUGGCUCCCCCACGAGGCGGCCAUGUACACGAGGGCAAUGCUCGAGGAGGGGUCAAAGAACUUCUACGCCGCGCAGAAAGCGCUACCGGGUAGGCAGGUGUGCGAGCUGGUGGACCGAUACUACGGGGGUUGGAAGCAAACGGACGGGUAUAGGGCCCUCAAGGAAUCCAUCCGCCUGUCAAAGAAACAAUCGGCCUGUGGAGGGUGCCACGCGGGAGGAGACCUCAUCUGCUGUGAUGGUUGUGAGGCCGUGUAUCACCCGGAGUGCGUGGGGCUAUCUGUCGUCCCGGAGGGAGACUGGUUCUGCCCGGCGUGCGUCAUUCGCAGGAAAAAGGAGGCCGAAAGGCCGUUAGGACAGGCCUCGUCCUCCUCCUCUUCCUCCUCCGCUUGGACCGUAGGGGGGAGUUCUGCUCGUCUUGCCGGCGCUGCGUCGGGCCGGGCGCGGGUGGAUUCCGCGGUGGCGGCCACCAAGCGUGAGAACACCGCCGGUAGGAGCAAGAGGUAUAGCACGAUGACCGCCACUGUGACCGCCGCCUCCGUGGCGUACGUCGCAUCAUCCAAGAAGGCCCGCACGCUUGCGAAGGACAAGGGGGCUGAACGCGGGGAUGGAAGCAGCGGGGGUGGCCGGGCCGAGGUAGGGGGCAGAGAUACCAGCGUGGGGACUGAAACCAGCCGUGUAAUUGCCGGUGGGGUCGGGCCGCCGCCGCCACCGCCCAUGCGAAUGGAGAGGGUCCCGAUCCAGUUGGGAAUUGCGCGAGGUGCUGUCGGCGGCGCGGCUAGAGUGGCUGAACUAGUCUCCUCGGCCGCGGGCGGUGCUGCUGCGACAGUGUCGGCGUCGGUGUGUCCACCAGGGGCAGAGACUUCGACAGCUUGUGGGAGAAGUGGCGCGGCUUUCGGGAAGCGCCCAAUCGUUGGCGAGACUCCUAUGCAUACACAACACCCCGGCAAACGCCCUGCCAGAUUGGUCAAGACCGCUGCUGCUGCUGCAUCUGCAAGGAGCGCCGAGGAUUCUCCUGUAAAAGCGGCGCCUCUGACGAUUGCGCCACGGCCGCUCUCUUCUGCGGGCGGAACGACCGCUGGCCCUGCCGGUGCCCAGCUAGGGCAAGCAGCGGCGUUCAAAGGGACCAAUGGUGCUCCCGCGGGGAAAACUUCGGCAGCAGCAGGCGAUUGGGGAUGCCUCGGCUGCAAGCACCGCAACCGAGCCGAGGACACACGGUGUCGUCGGUGCGAGGGGCUCAGGUUGGUCGGAGCGGAGAUUAACUUGAAAGGGGUUCCCCGCCAGUCUGAGGCUCCACCGGCUGCGGCUCCCCUCUCGGGCAAGGCUCCUGCAACUGUUUCUGUCCCCAUCGCCGCCGCUGAGCCCACCAGUGGCGCGAAGCCGCCGCCUCCCGCGUCGAGCGCCGAGUCCGCUGCUUGGAGUAACGCCUCUGCCGUCGCCGACACCCAGUCAAAUGCUGAACCCGGCGAUGCCGCCGUGGCUCUAGCUGCUUCCGACUGUUCUACCCGCGCGUCUCUAGCCUACACAGCCGCACCUGCUCCUCUUGCUUCGAGUGACCCGCGGGCGCCGGCGCCGGCGUCUGCGGCGCGAUCGUCCCAAUGGGGCUGCCGCGUGUGCUCCACAUUCAAUGAGCACACCGCGGCCGUUUGCGUGAGCUGUGGCACGCGCAAGGAAGUCAAGGUCAAGCCUGUAGACGAAGGGAAGGCGACCGAGUGGUGUAACGGUCGAAAGUGCUCCCGCAACGACAACCAACACGACAGCACUACACGCAGGGUCUGCUCGGCUGUUGGGGGCGAUGACGAGCUGCAGGUAGAGGUGGGAUUGGAGGUGGGGGGAGAAGCGGAGGGAGAGGAAGAGGAGGAGGAGGAGGAGGAGAUAUCUGUGGGCUUGGACGAAGAAAUCUCGGUCGGGGAGGACCAGCAGGGUCUAGCGCCCUCUGUCUCCGGGAUGGCCUCAUCGUUUGUGCAGCUCUAA